AUGUUAGACGUGAAUACGAGGAUUAGCGUUGCCAUUUUUAGCGGUAUGGUGGCUGGUACAAUGAUACUGUUAAUUAUCGCCUAUUUUCUCGUCUUGACGGCCGUCAAGGAAGUCAAAUUCGCAAAUUUGGGAGAUGUCGAAAGCUGCAUUAAUUCACGCAAAUUCACUAAAGAGAAGAUCAUCCGGGCCAAACCCAUUACUGCCAAGUCUUGUUUUCUCCAGUACUAUAAUGAGUACAGCAUCUAUACAGACUCUGGCACCCUGCAACCUUCUUUUUGUGGCACCAACAAAAGACUCUGA